GUUAAACCAUAAUUAUAACUAUUGCGAACCUACCCGUUUUAUAAUAGCGUAUCAUGUUCGUUAACAUAAUUAAUAGUUAAAGUGUAAAAAAACAUGUAUCAUAAUUCUUGCUUUUCACGACAGAAAAAGUGGUUGCUAUGGUAGCAGUCUCUUUGACAACGUGUGUACACAAUCAAGAUGGAUGCUUUCCUGCACUGGAGUUGCAAUGAUGUGGCAAAAUGGGAAUGUUUUACUGAAAACUGCGUUACUGGUAAAAAGCUGAUUUAUGUUAACUGCUGCUAUCUUCCAAGACUCGGAAUCACAGAUUUUGAGGAUAUGAAGGCGAUCUCAGGCCAUGUACGUGAGCUGCUGGGGAUCACAGAGCCAGUGUGGAGCAGGAGUAUAACACUCCCGCCACGGGACCAAAGGGGCUUGUACUUAGAAAAGAAGAGUCGCACAGGCCAGUGGGCCAAUUCCCUCACCUACAGCCAGUUUCUAAAUGAAGGGAACAACUGUCACUCACCUGUUUUAUUUCCAGAUAUAAACAGAUGACCAAAGCAAGAAUAUAGUUACAUAGUGUUACUUGUUUCAAGUGUGUAUCUUUGUGCUUUUUUGUGCCUCUACCUCUAAAAGAGAGAAGAUGACAG